AUGACACGUGGCAGCAAUGAUAGACUGCCUCGUGGCAGGGAUGACAAGGAGACACGUGGAGCACAGGUGGACAAGAGAAAUGAGAGGGACAGCAGCAGCGCCAGUGCACGUGUGACAGGUGGGAAAAGGACACGUGGCAGAAAUCAGAGCGAGCAGGGAAGCUUAGGGAAGAAGGAGGGGGAGGAAGUGAGAAGAGCAGGGAGGAAGCGGAGAAGGGCGGAAAGGUAUGGGGAGAGUGCGGAGGAGGGAGAAGGGAAAGAGAGUGAAGGCAGUGAGGAGGAGGAUGAGGACGAGGGGGAAGAGUGGGAGGGAGAGGAGGAGGAGGAGGAGGAGGAGGAAGAGGAAGAGUUUGAGGAGGAGGAUUGGGAAGAGGAAGAAGAUGAGAGGGAGGCGGGUAAGAAGGCUGGGAAAGCCACAGCAGCAGGAGCAGGAGCAAAUCGGACAAAAUCUGCCGGACGGGCAGGUCUCAGUUCAGAGGAUGCCGGCCAAUCGCAUCGCAUCACUCCAAUUCAGUUUGCUGCCCGGCACAAGCGGUUAUUCGCCACCUGUGCGGCGUGGUCCCCACUGGUGUCGCUGACGUGGCAGGUGGUGAACCAACAACGCACCAAUCAAGAGGAUGGAGAGAAAGGGGAGAAAAAGCAAGGGGACGAAAGACAAAAAGAUGGGAAACAGGAGCAUGGAAUUCCCGUGACCUUCUCGUGCCUGGUGUCUGGGUCCCAGUCUGGCCAGUCUAGGGAGGAAACGGAAGGGAAGGGAAAGCAAGGGCAUGGGAACGAGGAGCAUGGAAUCCCCGUGACCUUCUCGUGCCUGGUGUCUGGGUCCCAGUCUGGCCACAUCUCCCUCUGGCUCCACUCCUCUGCAUGGUGCGAGGGGGCGUGGCUCCACUCCCCGCCGUCCCAUCACUCCCAUCAAUCUCCACAGCAGCACCGCUCUCCUUCACCCCCUCCUUCCCCUCCUUCCCCUCUUGCCCCUCGUCCUCCUCCUUCCCCUUCGCAUUCUCCUCUCCCUCUCUGGUCUCCAUCUAAUGCCUUCCAAUCCAACGGUUCCUGGGCUCUCCUGCGGUCGCUGCGGGCGCAUCCUGGCCGUUGGAUCACCGCGCUGACGUGGCUGGAUGACGUGGCGUGCAGGUGCAGUGGUGAUGUGGCACUCAAGGAGAUGGAAAGGGGACGCAAGGGGAAAGAUAGCAGCAGUAUUACCAUCGACAGCAGCAGCAGCUGCAGGGGUGGUAGCAGUGAUGGUAGUGUGAGGCUGCUUCUUGUCUCGGGUGCUUCUGAUGGGAGGUAA